AUGAAACUGUUCCAAACAGCAAGAAGAAGGAGAGACACGGGUCUUCAAGACCAAACUGGUCUUCCUGAUUCUCUCAGCCGAGAGAAUGCUAGCCUUCGACAAGACAAUGAAGGACUCCAUAAAAUUGUGGAAGACCUUCGUAAAACUAUAGAAACGUUUAGAAAUAGGAAGUCUAAACGGAUCCAAAAGGAAAAAGAGGACCUUUUAGAAGAAAAUCACUUUCUACGUGAAAAAAUCACUUCACUGCAAGAGGAAAAUCAAAAAUUGGUUCUCAAUUUCAAUGAAAAAUUCAACAACCAACUGGAACAUCUGAAAAAACAACACAAAGUCAUGGAAGAACAAAGUCUUAAACUCCAGAACGUUAAAGUGGACUUUGAGAAGGAGAGGGAAGACAAUGAGUUACUUCAUGACCAAGUUGGGGAUCUGAAGAGAAAACUUGCCUUUUGUAACAACAAGUUAUCUCAGAAAACCGAGAAAGUUGGAGAACUAGAGGAGAAACUAGAAGAACAGACUCUGGAGCUCCAAGCCACACGUUUUAAACUCGACGGUUCUGAAUAUGAGUGUAGGUUCCUGCGCGAUUUAAACAGCUCCCUCUCUGAAAAAAACAAAGACUUUGAAGAGAAACUCAAACACACUACCAUAGACCUGGAGAAGAGUCGAGAGAACGUGGAAAUUCAGAAAAUAGCUUUGGAUCAAAGCAUUUUGGACUUCCAUUAUGCCUGUGAGAAAAUUAGCAGCCUUGAAUGCCAAACUGAGGAGUUUAUAGAAGUUGCUAGCGCUCUGGUUGAGGAUAAUGAACGCUUGGAGGAGAAUGUUCAGCAUUUAACGGAGAAACUUACAACAAACCAGGUCCUAAAUCAAGUCCUUCACGAACAAGUCCUGUAUCUAAAAGCUAAACACACAGAAUCUGAAAAGUUAGUCCAGGCAGAGGAGUGUUUGUCUCAGUCAGAGAACCAAGUGAAGAAAGACUUAAAUCUGAAACCCAAGCAUCAGAAGAAGAAACUUUUCCAAACCUUUAAAAAGAAAUGUAGCUCUCUCAUUAAGAAGUCUGGAUAA